GGGCAGGCAGGCGGGCGGGGCGGAGGUGGGGCGGCCCGGCACGGCCCCGGCGGGCGGAGCGGGUGCUCCGGAAGAGGGAAGGAGUGGAGCGGCGGCGGCUCGGGCGGCGUUGGGAUCGGGAUCGGGAUCGGGAUGGCAGCGCGGGGCUCUGCUGGGGAUGCCUCGCUCCGCCGCGCGGCCGAGCAGUGGUUGCUCUGGGAUAAGAAUCCAAAAACUUAUGCAAUCGUGAAGCAACUGCUUGCAGAAGGAAAUGCUGGAGAACUGCAAAAAUACUUUGGCUCACGAAUGGAGUUUGGCACAGCAGGGCUCAGAGCUGCCAUGGGAGCAGGGAUUUCCCACAUGAACGACUUGACUAUUAUCCAGACAACCCAGGGAUUUUGCAGAUACCUUGAGAAGAAUUUCAGUGACCUGAAAAAGAGAGGAGUUGUGAUUGGGUUUGAUGCUCGUGCUCAUCUUUCCAGUGGAGGUAGUAGCAAAAGGUUUGCAAGACUUGCUGCCAAUACCUUUAUCAGUCAAGGAGUUCCAGUUUAUCUGUUCUCUGAUAUAAUACCAACUCCCUUUGUGCCAUAUACAGUAACUCAUCUGAAGCUUUGUGCUGGAAUUAUGGUUACAGCUUCCCAUAAUCCAAAACAAGACAAUGGUUACAAGGUUUACUGGGAGAAUGGUGCUCAGAUCAUUUCCCCUCACGACAAGGGAAUUUCUCAGGCUAUUGAGGAGAAUCAAGAACCAUGGCCUCAGGUUUGGGAUGACAAACUGAUUGACAGCAGCCCGCUACUGCAUGAUCCAUAUGCCACGGUCAAUAAAGAGUAUUUCAAAGACAUACAGAAACAGUGCUUUUACAGGAAUAUAAACAAGGAAACAAACCUGAAAUUUGUUCAUACUUCUGUGCAUGGCGUGGGUCAUAAAUUUGUGCAGUUGGCCUUCAAGGCAUUUGACCUUAGCCCUCCUUUUGCUGUUCCGGAGCAGAAAGAUCCUGAUCCAGACUUUCCCACAGUGAAGUAUCCAAAUCCUGAAGAAGGAAAAGGUGUUCUGACAUUGUCUUUUGCUUUGGCUGAAAAAGAUGGGGCAAGAAUCAUUUUAGCAAAUGAUCCUGAUGCUGAUCGACUUGCUGUGGCAGAGAAACAAGAGAGUGGUGAAUGGAAAGUGUUUUCUGGAAAUGAGCUGGGAGCUCUUUUAGGCUGGUGGAUCUUCACAUGCUGGAAAAAUAACAAUAGGGAUACUCGUGCCAUUAAAGAUGUCUACAUGUUAUCCAGUACUGUUUCUUCCAAAAUUCUGAGAGCAAUUGCAUUAAAGGAAGGUUUUCACUUUGAGGAAACACUGACAGGUUUCAAGUGGAUGGGCAACCGUGCCAAACAGCUCAUGGACCAGGGAAAAGCUGUUCUUUUUGCAUUUGAAGAGGCUAUAGGAUAUAUGUGCUGUCCUGCAGUUCUGGACAAAGAUGGUGUCAGUGCUGCCGUUAUAACUGCGGAGAUGGCUAGCUUUUUGGCAACCAGGAAUUUGUCUUUGACUCAGCAGCUGAAAGCUGUCUAUGAUGAAUAUGGCUUCCAUAUUACCAAAGCUUCAUAUUUCAUCUGCCACGAUCCUAAAGUUAUUCAACAGCUUUUUGACAACCUUAGGAAUUUUGAUGGAAAAAACACAUACCCAAAAUCUUGCGGUAGAUUUAAAGUUUCCGGAAUAAGGGAUCUAACUACUGGGUAUGACAGCAGCCAGCCAGAUCAAAAGGCUAUACUUCCUACUAGUAAAAGUAGCCAAAUGAUAACAUUCACUUUUGCUAAUGGAGGAGUGGCCACAAUGAGAACCAGUGGGACAGAACCAAAGAUCAAAUACUAUUCUGAACUUUGUGCACCUCCUGGAAACAGUGAUGUUGAGCAGCUGAAGAAGGAACUAGAUGAACUGGUCAACGCUCUUGAAAAACACUUCUUUCAACCAGAAAAAAAUAAACUUCAACGAAAGACUGAGUAAAAUAGCCAAGUUUAGUACCUUAAUUGGUUUUUGCAGCAUUAGAAGUGCAUUAUUUAAGAUAUUAAGGAUUUUUAGGACCAAACAGCUGAGAACUCAGACUAAAAAGAAUUCUGCUUUUAUUAAGAGUUAUUUUGGGUACUUUUGGAUCUAGUUUCUUAUUUUGGAAGGAAAGUACUUUACUCUUAAAGGACCAAAACCACCCAAUCAGUUGAACUAAAAGCUUUAUGAGCUAGAAGUUGACUGCAAAUGUAUUUCAAUCAAAACUUGUUUUAAUUAAAUAUUAUAAGUAAUAUUCUAAUUUCUGAAACAUAGCCUGUUUUGUGGGGACUUUUAUUUCUUUUGUGUGUAUAUAAUCUUAUAACACUCUGCAACUUUGUCCAGGCUUAGAUUUGCAAAGCAAGUUCUUUUGUUAACAGGAAGUACUGAAAGCUUGUGGUGAGACCUUGACAAACUUGGGGCAGAUGUUUCAGAGGUAGUGAUCCUUCUUGGGGAUGUUGGCCCAAAUAAACAAGAAACUCAGCAAAUUUGCUGAAUAAAUAUUUGCUGUUGACUAUAUAUAUAUCAUAUCUGGGGCUAGAUAUACUAAGUGUACUAAACUACCUAUUAAUACCAUAUACUUAUUAAGAUAGUAUAUCUACAUACAGCACCCUUCUGUUGCCUCUCUGAACUAAGCAUAAUGAUUUCAAUGCAUACCCCAGUUUUGGAGCCUGGCAUACUGUUUGCCACCACGACUUAGUGCAUAACUCUGCGUGUCUAGUUUAGAACAGAAGCUUCCAUUUUAUUGCAUGUUUUCAUCUGCACUUGCAGAGCCCAAGAAGAUUAUUUGGAGGUUACCAGUUGAUUUUAAUACAGGGGGUUUCUGCACUUUCAGUACUUGAUUUGGGUAUCAGUGUAACAUUUACAUACUUUUUAUACAUGGAAAAAUUCUAAGCUUUAUUAUCCUCUCAGAAGUCAAAUUCUCUAUCCUUGUUAUUUUUAAUACAACUAGAGGAUUGCAGCAGUUGUGCAGCUGGGUACAGCAAGGCAACCUUUUGGAAAGCUGAAGUAAUAUUUCAGCAUCAUGAUGGGAGGAAUGCAUAUGCCAUUCAUAUUCAACAAUCACCUCUUUCACCCUAAAUGCAGAUGCAAUUGGUUCUUCAAGGAGCAAGCAAUUUUUAUCUGGUGGCCAUGGGCUUUUUGGUGUCUGGGUAGUCAGUUACUGCAACCUGGUACCAGUCUGUCACUACCUACCUGGCAUCUAUGCUACUGAAUGUCCAUGCCUGUCUCUACCACAAUGUCAGGUUCGGAGGAGAAGGGGGAGACACAGUGGGAUGAAUGGGCCUGGCUAGUUCUGUUAACAUGUUCACAGUAGGGCCAUGAUGAUGAUGCUGUCCCUAUUGUCACUGUCUUCUCUAUUCUCCUUGUUUAGACCUUUUAGAAGUAACCUCUUCAUAUCUCUCUCAUCUUCCACCUAAAUGAUCCCCUAAACUGGUUAUCUCUACUGGAUACUGGUACAGCAAAACUGCGAUUUAUUGUCUUCAGGCUGAGAACCCUUUUUUUUUUAGGUUAUAUGGAAGAUCUUAUGGAGCAGUUGCUCCAUGACUAUGGUAUAAGGCAAGAUAGAAGGACCUUCAUAACCAUCCCAGAACAGUCUGUGAGAGAUUGUAUGCUGAACACUGAAUGGAUGCAUUUGGAGAACUCUGAAGUGUCUUAGAAGUCUGGCAGCAGGACCUGCAAAGGGGUGAUGUAUGCUGAGACAUCCUUAAGAUGGCUUUAGAGCAUCCUCAGAAACAGUACAGAUGUAGUCAGGAUGACAACCCAGUCUUUAUCAUUCUGUCUUCAGAGGUCAAGGAAUUUCCUUGCUCCACUCCCUGCUCUGUUCCAAACAAAAGUUCACAACUUCAGGCCAGGGGGGAGGAGGGACAAAAAACCCCCAAACCACAGUGGUUUAUCAAGCUGCUUGAACAAUUAUGACAAGCUACAGAAUUACAAAAUGAAACUUGUUGUUACUAGAGUCUUUACUAGCAUUGUCUUGCGUCAGAGAAAGAGGAUCUAGGACUGAAAUAGAGAAUCAAAACAAAGGCAGUAAGAGCCUAACAAAGAGAGAAGUCAGUAUUGCAAGUCAGAAUAAGUGGUCUAAUUCCUCUGCCAAGCUGUUGUGUAAGAUAAAAAAGCCCAGUUAGAGAUUAUUAGUCCUAGGACAGAUAUUAAAAAAACAGACAAAUGUAAUCUGUGAAUAAGCAGCCUUGAACUGGGAGCAGAGGCACUAAUAUUUUAUCCAGAAAUGGGAAUUGCUAUGACUGGAAUAAAGAAUGCUUAUAACGACUGAACUCAAAUAUAAGGGAAUACCUGGCAACUCCUAGAGAAAGGUGCAUCCCUAAGUUACCAAAAGCACAUAAAAUGAGCCUGUUUUUUUAUAACAGAUGAAGACACAUAUUUUACUGACAGCUGUAAACAUUUGAUCCAAUAGGGGAUCAUGCCUAUGGGGCUAGGGGGCAAGACUGA